AUGGACAUUUUAGCCUUGAAAACGUCCACCCACGGAAGCGCUAUCCACUGGGAGGGGGAGGCUUGCGAAAUCCUUCGAGCCUCCACCAGCGCGGAAGAAAUCCAGCUUGUCUGUUCCUAUUUUCCGUUCCAACAUCCAGACACUCCCUUGGGCAUAUUGUCCAGCCGAAGGAUUGAGAAUUUCCCGACGGACGUUGAUGUACUUGGAUUGCACAAAGCAGAGGAAACUCUCAGAACAAUAGCAACAGAAUGCAAAUACUGCUGCUGGAAUUGGACAUGGAGCGUCCCUUUUGCAUCUUCAACAACAGGACUCACCAAAGCUGCCAACAACACGGACAAGGGUUUAUUGACAUUGAUCUCCAAAGUGACUUUCAUGGCCCUGGAAAGAAAAGCAUGCGGCUUUCCAUCAAGGGCGUUCGAAGAUAUCUUCGAUGGUCUCACUCAUGUACGGCUUCUACUCGAAUACCGUUUCAGCAAGCUAUAUGUAUCGAAGAAGGAGUAUGAAGCAGUCGGGAAGGAAUUGAAGAGCCCGUUGGCUCGCUGGAUCUUCUCAACCAGCUUACGGAGCACCGGCAGCUCACCUUGUCCCUCUGAUGCCUUCGCACCAAUCCUACGCCCAAUCGAAGAACUUUUUGAGAAUCGAGAGCUACCGCUCAUGUCGGUGCUUCAGCGCCUGAAGAUUUUGGGCGUUCUACAUCAAGAUAUUCUGGACGGACUUGACCCAAGAUGGGAAGGCCUCAGCGAAGAAGACUUCAGCUUCCUCGAAGACGUUACCAACCACACACCUCGGGGCUUAGCGCGCCUGUUGAUUGAAAAGGACCUUUUUUGCUCGCAGAAAUUGUCCCCUAAUGAUUUUCUUGACCCCGCAGAGCUAAGGAGCAAAUCCACACAAUGGUCACGCCUGGUAUAUAAUGUGAGGGUGUGCGCAAAGGCUCAUCCUGACUUGGUUGGGAGAAUCGAUGAAGCUGCAAAGAUUCUACUCUGUCACAGAAACUUCUUUUCCGGGAUGGCGCUCAUCUACGGCCUUUCCGAAGCAAAUCAUCCUCCUGCAGAACCGUGGUGGAAUUUUUUCUCGGUUCGAUACCUUUGUGCGGCUUACCAGGUAAAAGGUUGGUUACUGAGGUUGCCUGACCACAUUGAAGACGACGCUGGUAGCAAGCCAACCGGAGCUGAGACCAAAAGUGAGCGAUCUUGUAUGGCGUCCUUCCUGGAAACUACGUCCACGCUGUCCGUGACUCUGUUUGGCAUGGAACAAUACAUACCCGGCUGCCGACAUGCCUCGGACGGAUCGCAUGAGCAAAAAGAAGAGCUCAGUAGAAAGGAGGUCAAUCCAAUGGCAGGAGGGUCAUGGAACAAUGGCUUAACAAUGGCAGGCAGUGAUCUAGGGCCGGAAUUGGGAUACGGGGUCGAGGAUGUGGGUGGUGUGGGUUCAGAUGUUAUGUUGUCUGGAGUAGGAAGUUCCGUUAACCACGUCAACGACACGAGCCACGUAGACGACUACGACCAUACAGAGAGUAGCCUCGGAACAGAUGGUCAUGACGAUUUUGACUCGGAUUCCGGUCUGGGGAGCGAUUGCGGGGAAUCAACGACAACUUUGACAUCCGAAGCCCUCGAGCACGUCGAAAGGUAUGGCCGCAGCUACCACGGCUAUCAUGCAGGGAGUAAGUAUCAUUCUGAUUGACUGUACCUGAAAAUGUUGUUAACCACGCACGUAGAAUAUCUGCUACCGAAUGACGAGCAGGAACGGCAAAGACUUGGUGAGCAUUCACCCUAUCGUGCUACUCAUAUUACUGAUUAGUCUUACGGAUCUUCAACAUCGUCUCUUUGGUAUUACUUUAGAUGAACAUUUACACUUGGCCCAACUUCCGAAGAUAAAACGAGCCCUCGACAUAGGCACCGGGACUGGAAUUUGGUCAAUAGAUUUUGGUAAGUGAUUAUUCACCCCCGAAAGUUUAACGCUUAACCUUGAACGUA